UCCCCUUGCUUAUCCUUGCAAGCUCUCCGUCCAUACGCUUCCACACACCAGAAAAAACUUGUACCUUUCCGCUGAUCCUCUUUUCCCGAUCCAUUUUCAUAAUCUCCUUUUCAAUUCCUUCCAUUAACUCAUCUUUUCUUUCAUAUCUCCUCCUGAAUAAGUAACGAGCUUUUCUGUUUUUGUUGUUCUUUUGAUAUAUAGAUCAGGUUGGAGUCGACGAUGGUGAUAAACGUGAAGGAGUCGACAAUAGUCCGACCGGCGGCGAAGACGCCGCGGAGGGUACUCUGGAUUUCCGACGUCGACUUGCUCGUGAUGCAUAUCCACAUGCCGAGCGUGUACUUCUACAGGCCGACCGCCGGCGCAUCAGAUUUCUUCGACGGCAACGUUCUGAAGGAGGCUCUGAGCAAGGUUCUCGUGCCUUUCUACCCAAUGGCCGGGCGGCUCCGCCGGGACCAUGACGGCCGCAUUGAAAUUGACUGCAACGGCGAAGGCGUCCUCUUCGUGAAGGCCGAAACGGACAUGGUCAUUGACGAUUUCGGAGACUUCGCUCCAACGCUUGAACUCCGGCAGCUCAUCCCCACCGUUGAUUAUUCCAGUGGAAUCGAAACUUAUCCCCUGGUCGUGGUGCAGGUGACGCAUUUCAAAUGUGGAGGGGUGUCACUUGGAGUUGGUAAUCAACAUCAAGUAGCGGAUGGAUAUUCCGGUCUUCACUUCAUCAACACAUGGUCUGAGAUUGCUCGUGCCCUUCAUCAUCUCACCAUCCCUCCCUUCUUCGACCGGACCCUCCUCCGAGCUCGUGACCCUCCUCGGCCGAUUUUCGAUCACAUUGAAUACAAACCCCCUCCGGCCAUGAUAAAUCCCUACUCCUUGCCGCAGCCGCCACCAUCAGCACCAGCUAUAUCCAUGUUCAAAAUGACUCGUGACCAACUGAAUCUUCUGAAAUCUAAGUGUAAAGAAAAUGGCAACACAAUGAACUAUAGCUCUUAUGAGAUUUUGGCUGGCCAUGUGUGGAAAUCUGUGUGCAAGGCACGUGCCUUACCCCACGAUCAAGAAACCAAACUGUACAUUGCUACUGAUGGAAGGUCUAGAUUUAAGCCAGCCCUCCCAGAAGGUUACUUUGGAAAUGCGAUAUUCACAGCCACACCAAUGGCUUUUGCAGGUGAACUCAUGUCAAAGCCAACUUGGUAUGCCGCAAGCAAAAUUCAUAAUUCCUUGGUGAGAAUGGACGAUGAGUAUUUGAGAUCGUCUUUGGACUACUUGAAGCUUCAACCUAAUCUGAAAGUGCUUAUUCGGGGUGCUCAUACAUAUAAAUGUCCGAAUCUUGGUAUCACAAGUUGGGUUAGAUUGCCAAUACAUGAUGCUGAUUUUGGGUGGGGAAGGCCUAUCUUCAUGGGACCUGGUCGGAUUGCAUACGAGGGACUGUGUUAUAUAAUACUAAGCUCAUCAAAUGAUGGUAGUUUGUCUUUGGCCAUUUCUCUCCAGCCUGACCAUAUGAAAGUGUUUCAGGAAUUGUUGUAUGACAUUUAAUUCUUUUUCUUCUUCAUUGGAUUAUAAUGAAGUUGCAGAGUGUACUCCAUAUAGGGACCAGGAAACCAUGCAUUUACAAGUUCAGGAAACAAAAAAAAAAAAAAAAUUGAAGGCUUCUGAGUGCUUGAAAAGCUAGAUAAUUGUAUUAAAGGAAUAUCAUGAGUGAUUAUGGAUGAGCUUAUUUGAUGUAUUUUUGGCCCUAUAAUUGUUUGAUUAAAUAACAUAGCCUUCUUCUACAUA